UUUCCCGCCCGCAGCGCAUAUUAGAUUUCCCCCUCCGAUCUUAUCCCAUUUUUUCUCCUGUCGCUCACUUUGAUGCCGGAACAUUACACAUCCGGCGCACGUUAGUCUUGCCACCGCCAAAUGAACCCUCCGUCAAUGUUGCUGGCGGAUCGGCAGCCACUGGAUUUCUCGGAAACUCAACGUUUAGUCCUCCUCAUUGACCUAGAUCCAAUUCUCACACUCCAAAACCCUUCCUCCUACUUCUCCGCCGUCAUAUCCGCCGCAAACCGCCUCCUCCGUUUUCCUCCGCUUUCCGCCACCCUCUCUGCCUUCAAACUCUUCUUCUCCUCCCUCUCUCCGCUGCGUUCUGCCGCAGCUCUCCCCCGCCUACUCUCUACACGUUCCCUCUCCUUCAAUCUCCCUCCGGAGACUCUAGAUUCCCUCUCCACCACAUUAAAUUGCAUAUCUAGCCUCACUGAUCUGCCGAAUUCAACGUGCUGCCCCCGUGCAUCGUAUGCCGCCAGCUCGUUGCUUCAGUUAGUUCAUGACUAUGCGUGGGAGAGUGAGCUGGAUAGACUUUCAGGUGAGGGUGGAUUUACAGAUGGAGGUUUUGUGAAAAUUCCUUCUAAUUUGAUUAUUCUGUUUUCGCCAAUUGGCCAAUCAGUUAAUUCUUUAGUUGAUUAUCUGGAGAUGCGUGAGUUUAAUGAUGCAUUUUGCGUUGUUCGAGAAGCAUUUUCUGUUCGGGAUAUCCAUUUGUGCUGGGUUGAUGUCAAGAUUGAUGAAUCUGAAAUUGAUAAGAAAAAUGGAUGCGGGGAAAGAUUAGUGGCGAUGAGGGAUGAGAUCAGGAAAAUUGGAUGGGGUUUUUGUUCUAGUGAUUUGAUUGUCUUGUGCUCGGUUUUGUUGCCUCUAGCGCUGAUCUAUCCCCAAAUUGGGGUGUCGUUCAACUUUGUUGAUUUUGGUGGUAUUGGUAGAAGAAAAUAUAGUGGAGAAUUGAAUCUUGAGAUAUUGGAUGUGAAAGGGAAGCCUUUAGAAUGUAAGUUCUGUGAACUUGAGCUUGUGAUCCUAAAGAGUCUGUCUUGUACUGUUGAAACUGAUGAUAUUUUUAAUGGCAUGGAAUCUAGAGAUUCACAGAGUUUCUACAGUCGAAAUGCAUUUUGGAAUCAAUUUGGUGAAGGAACGAUGAAGCUACAUGUUAAGAAUGUUCAUAGCUAUAACACGCAUGAGAAGGCUGGAGGCUCAUCAGAUAUCAUUUUGGUACGUGAGUGUUUUCAGGAGUCGCAAAGAAACAAGAAGAAGAGUGGUGCUGACUUCUUCUCAGACAGGGUUCUUGAGAUGCUGCACGAAGAAAUGGGCGGAUUGACUUACAGAAAUCAUUUGCCCACCUGGCAAAUGUUUUUGAGUUUUCUUCAUAUGAAUGGUUAUUGGGCCUCGAUUUCCCUCUCGAGUAGUAAUGGAGAUACAUUAAUGGGUAGUCUCAAGCCUUUUACAGCUCAUUUGGCUGUACUCCACAUCUCAGAUGCUGAUUCUCUGAGAGGUAGAAGUGGAUUUGAUGGCACCACCCGUGAUGCCUGCAUUGAGGAAAUGAAUGACUCAAACGCAUGUUCAGGCUCCCAAACAGAUGCCUCAACGUCUGGUAACUGUAAACAGUAUGGAGAUGGAAAAAGGAAAAGGAACCAAAGGCAUCUCUAUCAGGAGAUGACAUGGAGUUCUUUUCGUAAAGAAGGUUUUGAAGGAUCAAAUUUCGACUUGUUUGAGCUUUAUACUGCCAGAUAUUUGGAAAAAUCCAAGAAGCUGAAGUUCCUUAAAUGCUGGAUGAAACAAAUUAGCAAAGUCGAAGAAUGUUUGUUAAAAGCAAUGCCUGGAACCAAGUGCAUUGAGGAAACUUCUGGUUGUAAUGUUUUAUCGCCCAAGUCUUCUCCAGUGCAAGAGGAAGUUGUGCCUGUUUCGAAAGUAGAGACUCUAGAUGCAUUUUUGAACAUUCUCUCUAAACGAAUCCAUCAUGGUCUGGAGUCGGGUAUGGACUUGCAGAAGCUGGCUGAGCGAGUUGUCAAAUCCUCCAUUCAUUGGCUGCAUAAAAAGCGUGAGAGUGAAAUUAACACCGAAGCUCAACAAUCGGCAGGAACUUCAGAUGAUCCUAAUAUUGAGGAUGUAGGUGAGAAGUUAAUUAAACUCCUACUUAGAUCACCUAAGGAAAUGAAGAAGGUACACCAGGAUCCAAGUUCCUCUUCAUCAUCAGAAGCUAUAGUUCGAGAAUAUGAGCUGCAGAUUCUACUUCGAAUGGAGAUUCUGCGACCAGAUGUUGCAGCGGUGAUGAGUGACUCAAGAAAACAGAAGCUACUGCAGCAGAUAUGCUCCCAGUUAGAGAUCAUUCAGUUCCUCGUGGCUGGUGGAAUUCAUGGUCAUGUUAGCUUAUACGAUUAUGUUGAGCGUACUAUCAAAGCAAGGUAUUCAGCCAAACUAGAAGAUGUUGUGAAAGGCAUAUACAGUGAAAUGGACUUGCUGCCAUUUGGUGAGGAAGAUGAAGCUCCGAGCCUCCUGUUUAACAGUGAGGAUAGCAAUCAAUCAUGGAGAGAUAAGUACGACAGAAAAGACAAGGCCGAGGCCAACAGCCUCAACCAUUCAGUCUCCACUGAAGGAGAGCCCUCACAUGAUAGUCUACAAGAGAGUGGAAUAGAUGAUUAUACACGCAGCCUUAAUGAAGCUCGCGAGAGAAGGGAGAGGGCUCGAAGAUUUGCACCCUUUGUAAGCAAGGCUCUUGAUCUGCAGAGAGUCUGGGCACCUCAGCAACAACCCAAGGCAACGAAAUGUAAGUAUGAUCCUCGUCCCAGCAAAUCAAAACGGAAGGAUAAGCAAAAUCACAGCUACAGUGUGGUUUGUGAGACUCCAAUGACUGGAAAUAAACGCGCUUGCUCUAGAGCUGGAACUCAUGAUCUUGGCAGCUCGUCGUCUUCUACUGUUUCCAAGGCUUUGUUUCAAGACUGAUGAUGAUUCCCUUCAAUCGAGUUAUACAGAAACUAACACUGAUGUUAGAAAAACUAAUGGCCAAUAAGUUGGUGAACAAGCAUUUGUUUUCAUUACUGUCAUGUAGAUAUCUUAUUUACUUGCACAGUUUUUUUUACCAUGUAUUCAGCACUUUAAACGUUGUAACUGAUGUAUAAUGUAUUCAUACUCCUUACUUUUCACACCUUAAAUCGAAAAAUCGUGGUGUCACCAUGUUUGUCGCUUUCA